GCCAUGGCGACGCCGUCGCGCGGAAGCCCGCACGCCUGCCUGGAGACCAGCGCGGCCCGCGGAACCUGCAGAGCGGCCCGGGCGCGGCGUGGGGACGCUGGCAGGUGGGUCGGCGGCGCCGCUUGCGGGACGAGAUGCCUCGAUCUUCCCGAUAUUGGAUCCAGGCAGAAAAGUACUGGACUGCUCCAAUCCCAACCCCUUGCAGGAGCAGCUCCUCCAACCGGAGUUUGUAAGUAGCGGGAACCCUGGCGCUGAGCCCGCUGUACUGGCUGCUGACUUCAAGCUCUGCUUUCUUCCUGGCGCACCUUGGGUGUGAGAAGCAGCAGCCUCACCAUGGAGAGCGGAACUGGCCUGGGGUCUACCCCCUCCACACUGCCAUACUACGUGGCCUUCUCCCAGCUGCUGGGCCUGACCGUGGUGGCCAUGACUGGUGCUUGGCUGGGUCUGUACCGAGGUGGCAUUGCCUGGGAGAGUGCCCUGCAGUUUAAUGUGCACCCCCUCUGCAUGGUCAUAGGCCUGAUCUUCCUGCAGGGAGAUGCCCUGCUGGUUUACCGUGUCUUCAGGAAAGAGGCCAAACACACGACUAAGGUCCUGCAUGGGCUGCUGCAUGUCUUUGCAUUCAUCAUCUCCCUGGUUGGCUUGGUGGCUGUGUUUGAUUACCACAGGAAGAUGGGCUAUGCUGACCUCUACAGCCUGCACAGCUGGUGCGGGAUCCUUGUCUUUGUCCUUUAUUUUGUGCAGUGGCUCGUGGGCUUCAGCUUCUUCCUGUUUCCUGGAGCUUCAUUUUCUCUGCGGAGCCGCUACCGCCCUCAGCAUAUUUUCUUUGGUGCUACCAUUUUUCUCCUUUCUGUGGGCACAGCUCUGCUGGGCCUGAAGGAAGCAGUGCUGUUUAAGCUUGGAAACAAGUACAGCAUGUUUGAGCCUGAGGGGAUCCUGGCCAAUGUGCUGGGUCUGCUGCUGGCCUGCUUCGGGGUGGCUGUCCUCUACAUCCUGGCUCAAGCCGACUGGAAGCGGCCUCCCCAGGCUGAAGAGCAGGCCCUCUCCAUGGACUUUAAGACACUGACAGAAGGGGACAGCCCCAGCUCCCAGUGAUGGCCUGUCCAUGUCCUGAGUGGGGGCCUGGGAAGAGGUAGCCCCUUGGUUCUGUGGGGUUCCCACAGAUGUCUUUUGCUCACUCCUGCUGAGGCUCCAGAGGAGGGCCCAGUCGGCAUGGGUGGGGAGUGUGGAAGCAAUGGUUUCUGUUUGAGCUGGUUUCUGGGGCUAGUGUUUGCCCUCUCCUUUCCCUUCUUAUUGCUGCUGUAGAAGUGUCCACUGAGUCACAUGCGGGCCUGUGCCACUGUUUCCCCCUUCAAAUGAAGAAGGUUUGGGUAGGGGCUGGAGAAGCUGGAGAAUGGUUCCACCUCAAGGCAGAAGAUGCCUGGGGUAAGGUCAGAGAAACUGCAGGGUCUCAGGGACAGGCCUGGCAAAGCCUAGCCUUCUGCUUUGUGGAACACUGAAUUCAAACCAGUCUUAUCUAGCCUGAGUAGCAGUGGGCCCUGUUUUUGGCAGUUGAGCAAGUGAUAUUAUGUGUAAAGUAUGCUGGUGUUCAGCACAAGGCUCCCCAGGAGAGGGGAGGGAUCCCCCACCCAAGCACAGUGGUGUGGCUUUGGCUCAGCUACAGUUUUGGGCCUUCCUGUUCUUUAACCCCUGAGUCCCAGGAUGGCUUUGUGAUGGAGGGGAUGGAAACACGUGGCUUCAGACACACAUGCCCUGUGCCUCAGCAGGUGAGGGCAGCCCUCCUUUUCCAGCCCUGUUCCACUCAUGCCAGCUCAGGCACUGCUUUGAGAUCUAGAGGACACACAUCUGCGCAGGUCAUAAAUGAAGAGCUGCUGCUUAUGUUGCCCCACACAGGGCCGCUGCAGCACACUCCCUGGUGGAAGCAGCUGCUUCUGUUCUGAGGGGUGGGCCCCUUCUCCCUAUGGGCCCAUCUUUGCAGGAAGUUAAGGACCAAGACAGAAUGAGAUUAAUCCCCUGUGGUGUAUGGACAUUGCUUCAACCCCUCAUGUGUGAUGUUAGCUGAGUCACUGUUUGGCUUCAGUCUAGAAAUAAUGUGAUUAGAGCAUUGAUCUUGUGCUUCUUCAUUUUGGCAAAUGCUCUCUCCUUGUUUUCUGGGCUUUCAGGAGCCUGACAGUUUAAGACAGACACGGUUUACUUAAGAGAAGAAAUUAAUAAAAUUUCCAAACCCGACUAUUUUUUUUUUAAGUUAGCCUUUCCUCACUUAAAUGCUGCCUUAGAGACUUUUUUUUUGGUUCCUGGGAUCAAACUCAGGGCCUUGUGCUUGCCAGGCAAGCGCGGCACCACUGAGCUACAUCCCCAGACCAAAUACUGCCUUAGAGAAACUGGCUGGCCUCCUCUGUUGCUUACAUUUCUAAUAACUGGCUUCUGCUGUGGGACAUUCCCUUGGCCAUGUCACUUCUCAGAGCAGGCAGCUAUGGUCCAGCUCCUCCUGCUUGCCUGGAUGAUGUUACCUCGUCUCAAUGGUAUACCCUGCAAGGAUGGGAUCUUAUCAGUUCUUCAAUCUCCUUGUACACACUUAUAUAGUCAAAUGUUUACAUGUGGGAAACUUGUCCUUAGACAAAUUACUAAGGUACAAUUGUGUACUCGCUGGCCAGAUCUGGAGAGAACUGGAACUGUAGAUGUGCAGUGAAUGUCUGUAAACUGGUCUGUUUGCCAAAGUGUACAGUGGAUGACUAAGGACCAAAGAAGGCCCCCAAGCAGAUGUGUGUGGUUUCUCUUGUUUGCCUGUAGCCAGUCUCCUGUGAGGUAGAUGUGCUAUUCAUGCAGAUGAUUAAAUAAAUGUCUACAGCAGUC